GCCGAAUCGAUAGGAUACAGUAUUAGCACAUAGUCAGUUUAUAGUGCUUUUGGAAACCAGUGAAGCGACGCCCAGGGUUAUGGGCCAUCAGUCUAGUAAACGACUCGUCGAGUCUCAAUGUAAUAGACAAAAAUGCACCAUAGAGGAAGACCCUGAUCAUAUCGAACUGGAAGUCAUUGAGGAACUAAUUGAUAAAAAUGAGGCUCUUGGUCCCAGCGUUUCAUUUAAGGAACCCAUGGAUGAUCACCUCAAACCACUGCGCAAUUCUCCGAUACAUUAUGCAGAUAGUGUACCAAGCACAUCGCAAGAUGAAUGCUGCUCGAUGGUGACAUUCGACGCCAAAUGUCCCGACACAAAAGCAAGUGUGAUGGAACCAAAAUCCAAAGCGCCAGAAAAAUGUCCAAGUCCGUCCACCAACCAGAAGUUGGACACAGCUGUUGAAAAGGAACUCCAUGACAAGUUCAAGAAUAUUCCAAUGUUGGGAUGUGAUAAGUAUCCAGAUAUCAAUUUAAGAGGAAGGGAAGUCAUAUUGGCCAUUUGCUCAUUUUCGUUUUUCUGUCUCAGUAUAUCGCUCAUAGUAGUCUUAACAGACCCGAAUCGACCAGCUUUAAGUGACCCAGUAGAAACGACAUGUAUGCCCACAACCGUGUACGUCAAUUCUAGUACUUGCUCUUUGGCAAAUUUGUGUUCAUCCAGGAAUUGUGCCCUGGCGUCUCUAGGCAUACUACGAGGCAUGGACCUAACAGUUUCCCCAUGCGAAUCACCAAUGAGAUACAUUUGCGGCAACAUGAAUACUGACCCAUCUAAUCAAUUCAUUGAAAUAACUACUCAUGGGGAACAAGAGUUUCUAAUUCAAAAACAGUUUCAAAACCUCCAUGAUAUACUAAGUAAUACGCACACAGUUAACGCUGACGAGGGUACUGUUGGCGACAAAAUUGUUGUCACGUCGUUUGAAAGUAAGAUCAGACAUUUCUAUAAUAGCUGCUUAGACGUUUUAUCGCGGAAGGACGAGUUGAAGUUCUUGCAGAACAUAGUCCAAGAGAUGGGUGGAUGGAUAACUUCAGAUACAGUACUUUCUCAAGAAGAGUUUGAGUCCAGAUUUGACAGUGCUCUCAGAACUUCGCUGACUACGUAUGCCGUAGACGUAUUGUUUCACCUCAGCAAAAUCGAACAAAGAGGUCGAAGCAAAACGUUGUUGAUUUCGCCUCCCGAGUACGUCGAUACAUUUGAUAACUUGGCGAAUCUGCUCUCCUUAGACCCCGAAGACAUCGAUGAGAAGGCAAAGCAGAUGAAGAGCAAUAUGCGUGGCAUUCCUUCUGGAAAUGAUGACAUUGAAUAUAUAUUCGUUUCUACAAUUCGUGCAUUGUUUCCGAAUGUAAAUUGGACUUCUUUGUUUAAUGACUUUGGCUUUCUGCUCGAAGAUGACAAUUAUGUUGCAGUCCAAAACAUAGAACUGUUCACAAGACUCUCUCAACUGUACAAUGACUCCAGAAGGGAUUUGUACAAUUUUAUGAUAUGGACUGUGAUACAAGAGUAUGUAUGGGAUACGAUCAAUUAUUACACCAUGAUUGAUUUUCUACAGAGCGACACGCACGUUGACCUCAAUGUAAAAUGUCUGGUCACCGUUAACCAGUACCUCCACCUUGGAGCAAAUGCACUCUACCAACUACAUUUUCAAAAUUAUGAGGGGCAACAAAAAAUGUUAAACACUUUGGUCGAGGCGCUCAAAUAUGCUGCGCUGAACCAAAUCGAAGGUCGUAGUUGGAUGGACGAACAGACAAAGACGUGCCUAAAAGAAAGGUUGAAUGGUUUGAAGGUAAACUUUGGCAUUGCAGACAUAUCGGACAUGAACGAAUAUCAUCAGAAGCUUGGAUUGAAUUCGUCGUUGAGUUAUAUCGAACAACUGCUGUUAGUGAGACGAUUUGCAUUAUUCAGUUCUGUCAGGAAAACAUCAAGCAGUGUGCGAGAGCGUGAUCACAGACAUGGGAGUCCAAACACCGCCCUGUUGUCAUUUGCUCCAUCAUACGACCCUUCAUCGAAUUCAAUAGACAUACCACCAAGUGCAAUUGUUUGGGCCGGGGAUUUAACAAGAGUUCCAAUAUCUGCAUUGUACAGCAAUUUAGGCUAUCUUAUAGCAAUUGCUCUGGCUGAGACAAUUACUGACGAUAGCAACCAUCAAAUUGCAAUCACAAAAUCCUCCAAGUGUUGGAGUGAAAAUACUUUGGCGAGUUAUAUGAGAAAGCAAGAAUGCUUCAAGAAGCAUGUUCUACUUGAUGCAUCCGAUGAUGAAUUCAAAAUGUUGCUUACUGAUCUACAAGCAUUGCAAAUUGUUUUAAAGGCGAUGAAUGAUGCAAAUAGCGAAAAUAGAAAACUAAUAGGACUCCAUGAUCUAAUUAACGAAGACGUGGUAACAAUAGGAAGCCUGCAGGCAAGAUGCAAGCUUCACCGAGUCCAAUCUAUGCACGAUACUCAGUGGAUAGCGCCCUACUUGGCUGGGUUACUCCCUCAAGAUAGUAAAUUUUCCUGUCCGAGUGCACCACCAUUCAAAUGUGACUUAUAAGACACUAUGAUGCUAUAUACAUAUUUCAUAUAUCCGACAUUUGGUAAUGGAGACUAUGAUGGUAAUGAUCUACUGUUCAAAAUGACAUUUUAUCUGAGACUUGAAAUCUAAGAUGUAUACCACGUUGAUUUCACUGCCUUUAAUCAACGCAUACAACCAGGUGUCUGAUAUAGGAUAAUAUUGGAGUUGUCUACAGAAAAUGCAACAACGUUCGCUUUUAUUAUUCCUUUAAACUUUGAGAUAUUAAUUGAGGGAUAUCAAACUUCAUUGAAAAUGUUUUCGAAGAAAAAAUGCACCCUUCUGUGCAUGCCUUCGCAAGAUGCUUUGAUAUCAACCUUAAGCUGAGUAGGUGAAAUUACGAUUGAAGUAAUGAUUAAAGAGAGUCCGUUCGCCUGAUGACUGCGAGACACGUAAUAUACUAGUCUUACAACAACCCUAUGGUGUGAUUCACAGCUUUGAAUGUAUUCUGAUAGAUGUGCUUAAUUAUACUUGCAUCACCGUUGAACUAUAUCAACGAAGCAGAGUCUCUCAACGUCACGGAUAUUGUCACAUAUGUGACAGUGAGAUAACCUUAUGUAAUGUUAGACAAAGAACGGGAAGUGUUAACUAUACGUUCUGUCUGUGUGAUAUGUAAUAAAG